CGUAAUUUGACCGGAUGUGUGCGAUCAUUAGGGAAAAGCUUACGCGGCUAGUGCCCGCUCCAUGUAAUCAUGGCUGCACGGGAUCGUACCAGACUUUUUUGUUAAUUUAAAAUCCAAAGGUUAGGGAAGAGUUGUUUAUUAUCCACCGUGGUUCCGUCCUCUCUUCAAAACCAGCUGCGACGCGGGGUAGACACCCGUGCCCCCGAGAUCCGCGGAAUGAAAGAUGGAGGCAAAUAAUCAUUUCAACUAUGGCACUCAUUCUUCAGCAAACUCAGGACUGAAACUCUCCUCAGGGGAUUCUCUUUAUACUAAUGGUUCCUCCAUGAGUUUUUCUCAGCAAGGAAAGAAUAUGAAUGGCGAAAUGAAUGUGAAUGGCAUCACUACUGUACCUGGCUCGAGUGCACCUGCUUCCCAACCACCUUCCAGUCCUUACCCACAUAUCAGCAAUCACCACCAGAGCAGCAUGGGCUACCUAUGGGGAGGGCAUCCUCAGUACAGCCCAACCAUCGCCACGUCUCCCGGGCACAACUUGCACCAGAAGCAGCCGUCACCAAGCAUGGCGCAACCUCAGUCACAACAUCACUUACAGGUUCAAGGAUCGUACCAGCUCAAUGGGGAAAUGGAGAGCUCCCAGCAGUCACCUGUGGCAGGCCCAUCAAAUAUGCCCCCAACUAGCAGUCAGUUCUGGAAUAGAAGUAACCCUAACCCACAGGCUGCUGCUUACACUUCCCGCAGCAUGUAUGGGACAUAUGAGAGUCAGUCCCCUCCAUCUUCGCAGCAGCACCUCCAUUCCCACCUGCGGUCACCGCUUCACCUCCCGCAGCAUUAUGGCGUGAUGUCAAAUGGGAUGCCAUACUACCAACAGCACCACACAUCUCUGCCAUCUGCCAAGCACCCAAAACAGUCUACGGGUCAGAGGAUGCAGAAUUUUGCACCCGCACAUGACACAGAGGGGGCACCCACGAGAGCAGUAACAUCAUCAACGGCCGUGCCGGACGCAGGAUCUCCCAUGAGGAGAGAAAAGCCCCCACAGGCUAGCAGCAUCUCUAAUUCCAUGCAAGUGCGUAUGAGGGAGGAAGACAAGGAGGCAAACACAGACCGUAAUUGCACAGAUGAGACGGUUGUUGCUCUCAGGCCUGACUCUUCCUCGGCUUCUGUCAGACAUACAAUUGAUCAUCAUGAGAAUUCUGAAAAGCCAACUGCCCAACCACCAGAGGACAUCAGAGGGUCUGGAGCAAGCACACCUCCUCAAAUGACACUCACUGCUUCAUUGUCUUCUACAACAUCUGUGAAUAAGGUGUCUGGUGCUCCUGCUGUUGAAUCUUCAAUAGCUUCCCCUCUAUCCAGUAAUGGUUCUUUCCCUGAUGUCAAAUGUACUCCUCCCCAGUCAUCAUCAGUUCCUUCUCCCAGGCAUUCUUCACCUCCUUUUCCCUCUGCUACUGAGCUAACACUUGAUGAAUCUAAAAAUCUGCUGGUGGGCUCCUCUUCUUCCUCUUCACCUGCAACACAUCUGAAGUUUUGUCCACCUCCAGGCUUGACUGAUGGUGUUUGUGGAUCUCCUUGGGUUACUUCCUCUCCUUCAUCUGAGUCUCGGGUGCAUCAUUCAUUUUCUGGACCAAUAACAGCUGUCUUGGCACCUGCCAUAGUGUCCACAUCAUGUUACUCUGGUUCUACACCAAUCUCAUCUCUUCAACAAAUGCUUCAAGGGUCCAAGCUCCCUCUCACACCAGCUAGAAACUCAAAUGUAUCAAAAUGUGAUGCAUCAGGUGCUUCAAUAGUUUCACCAUUGGGAGGGUCAUCUCCUGGCAUGUUGCUAUCAACACAUGCAAUGCCCUCUGCUGGCGGUAAACCUGCAGACAUGAUCCAGCAUGAGUCCUUGUUCACCGCGUCAGCUGUUGCCUCUGUAUCACCACCCCCAGAGGGGCUCAAUUCACCCUCUCAGUCAGUCCAUGACAGUCCCGCAACCAGACCUCUCACUACCUUACCUCUGCAAACCAUGCAAGGCUCCAGGACAGCACCAGGUUCUAUCCCUCUUGCCUCGGCAUCCGUGCCUCCUGCAACCUCUUGCGAAUUGAUUCAGAGUUCUGUCUCCCAACAGCAUCUUUCCAGUUCUUCUCCUGUCAACGUGUUAAAUCAGUUGCCUCUGUUGCCAGAACACCCUGGUCACUAUAACAUGGGGAAAGGAUUUGCACUUGGAAUGGGCACAAUAGCGGAAAAAUGGCACCCUCAUCUUGAGUCAGGCAAAGUAAAGACCCACAAAGCUUCUGACGCGCAGACAUCAUCUGAUCUUCCAGGACAGUCUUUAGAGACUGAGCGACAGGAGUCAAAGGCCAGUGACAACACUGGCGAUGUACAAAAUGUAGAGCAGCCUUCAACCACAAUUUCAACACCUCUUUACUGCCCCAGUGCCAGACACUCCUCACUGACCGUUGAAACAAGUUUUGACCACUCUUUAAUCACCAGUUCUCAAUAUGGUGACAGUUCAGCUUAUAGCACACCAUUAAGACUCCAUACCGGUUCCCUCUUAGAUAAGUCCUCUGCUAAUAGCAACUCACGCAUACAUGACUCCAGGAGCUUUGGCAACAGCUUUCACCUUGGAAAUGGCACAUCUCAUACAGAAGAGCAACCUUCUUCAGUUUAUGAGACCACUAGAGAUGGCAGGUCAUCUGUGGAUUAUUCAAGUCUGAACUCAACCCAUGUGAGGGAAUUCUCAGAGGAAGGAGAGUCCAUGCUGGAGUCUUCCCUAAACAGUACCUCCUUUGGGGCUACCCAUUCAUCUAUCCAAGAGACGGAAGCAGGGUGGCCUCCCGUAGGUCAUCAUACACCAGACGCUGAUGCGGUUAGCAAAUCAACCGCAGCACUCAAGAUCAUGACUACCCCAAGUCUCAAGGUCAGAGAUGAGAACUUAAUUGCCCGCAGUACCCCAGCACGAAAUCCUGCUGUACACCCACUGCAGCCAGUCGCAGAUCAGGUUUUGUCAGUCACUGGAGGAUGUCUGAAAAACCCAAGAAAAUCUUGCAAACCUCAGUCUCCCAAGGCUUUGUGGAUUAGUAAAUCAGCUCCUGAGGAGGCCAAAAGAAAACCCCGUGGUCGAACACCCAAGGUGGAGAAGAUCAAUGCUGACAAAGUUGAUAACAAAGAGGAGGGACCCAAGGGAAGGAAGAGAAAGGCUUCUCUUAGACCAGAACAGGUCAAAGCAAAACUUGACGAAUGUGGCCGGAUUCAGCCCCCAUCUGAGGAAAUUGAUUCAAUCACAGCCGCAAUUGACGCGGUUCUUGCCAACACUUCAGCCAUCAGCUCGCCCUUUGCAAAACCCAAGAAGAUUAAAAGAAUGAGAAAACAUGAGCAAGAUGGAAAGGACAUGACCACGGUAAAAGAUGAUGCUGGAGGAGUUGCCACUGGUGGUGAGGAAAAUGAAGAUGAAAGCGCCACAGCAGGGAAAGGUGAAUCUCCCAGGAGGAGGGUUGCAACAGAACAGCAGGUCCAGUUCCCUCUGCUCCAUGGAUGGAAGAGAGAGAUUCGGGUGAAGAAGAUGAACGAUCGCAUGAAGGGCGAAACCUGGUAUUACACGCCUUGUGGAAGAAGAAUGAAGCAGUUCCCGGAAGUUAUCAAAUACUUGAAGAAACAUCAGGGCGGUGUUGUCACCAGAGAACACUUCAGUUUCAGCCCACGGAUGCCUGUUGGAGACUUUUAUGAAGAAAGGGAAAGUCCUGAGGGUAUGAAGUGGGUUCUCUUGGCUAAUGAGGAAGUUCCUUCGAUGAUCAUGGCCAUCACUGGCAGGCGUGGUCGACCGCCGAACCCUGAUAAAGAGAAACCAAGCAGGGUUCGAGGCCUGAAGGCAGGGCAGGCCCGCCGGCCAGGUAGACCCCCCAAACCCAAGAUGAUUGACUUCCUUAGUAAAGUUGAUGCCAAGCUAUUGGAGAGACUUGAAAAUAAGGAAGCACUCACGGAGGAAGAAAAGCAAAAACUUACAAAAAUCAAGAAGAAGAUGAAGAGAAAGGCCAGAGUAAGGAGAAGAGAGGUUGCUAAGAUUAGGAAGACGAGAGAGGAUAAAAAGAGAGCAAAGCAAGAGAACAAGAGUUUGGAAGUGAAGGCUGAACCCCAAGAUCUGGCAGCCCCACAGACAAAUGAGCUUGUGUCACAGUCUGUGGAUGAGCCCAAGAAACCCGGUAGACGAAGGUCCAUCAAAGUUGAGGUCGCUCCUCCUAUCCAGCAGACAGAUGAAGAGAGAAUAGCCCAGGGCAAGAGGGUACUGAGUGCUCGUGGUAAAGCCAAGGCCCUGGCCAAAGCUCAGGCAGAGGCAGAGGCAGCGGCUCGAGCUGCACUGGCAGCCAAGAAAACUGCAGAAAGGAGAGUGCAGACGCAGAGACGGAUGGAGGAACGCAGGAGGCAACAGCUAAUUUUAGAAGAGCUGAGGAAACCCACUGAAGACAUGUGUCUCACUGACCACAAACCCCUGCCAGAGCUUUCCCGUGUACCUGGUGUGAUUCUCUCAGGAACAGCCUUUUCCCACUGCCUGGCGGUGGUAGAAUUCCUUCAUGGUUACGGAAAGUUGAUUGGCCUAAAUGUACCCAAGGACAUCCCCAGCCUUGCAACCCUGCAAGAAGGUCUGCUCGGCAUGGGUGAAAGCCAGGGAGAGGUCCAAGAUCUGCUCAUAAAACUAAUGGAAGCUGCACUCCGUGAUCCUGGCCUGCCGUCAUAUUAUCAAUCAGUCAAGAUCCUCGGGGACAAGCUGGUUGAGCUCCAGCUGACCCGCAGCACAGUUUCAGAGGUACUCCGCAUCUUUCUGGAAUCUCAUGGCUAUGAGACAGAGGUAUGCAACACAUUGAGGACCAAAUCCUUUCAUGCCUUGCCUCCCGAAACCAAGGCAGCCGUGCUCGGUUUUGUGGUGGAGGAGCUCAACGGUAGCAACAUAGUGACAAGUGACAUUGACAACACACUAGAGAACAUGGCCAUCUACAGGAAGAACAAGUGGAUUAUUGAGGGGAAACUUCGCAAGCUAAAGACUGCACUUGCGAAUCGCACUGGCCGCUCAGAAGAACAACUCUGUUUGGAGGAAAGACGCCGCAGUGCCCGAGUGGCUGAAGAGGAGAACCUCGGCUUGGAGGAGAGUGUGGAGAGAAGCAACCGCCGUGGUCGCAAAGAGGAGCCCAAAUUAAGUGACAGUGAAAGCCCCGCCAAUGCAAGCGUCCACGAAUUAGAACGGCAGAUAGAUAAGCUAAGCAAGCGGCAAGCAUUCUUCCGCAAAAAACUUCUUCAGUCGUCACAUGCCAUGCGGGCUGUAUUGUUGGGCCAAGAUCGUUAUAGGCGGAGGUACUUGGCUCUCCCUCAUCUUGGAGCAGUUCUAGUUGAGGGUCCUGAAGAGCUUCUGACCUCAGGGGAUGUUGUAAUAGCAGACGUGCCAGUCACCUUCCUCAAAAAGGAGCCCAAAACAGAGGAGGUGCCUGUGGCCACGACUCCACCUCACGCUCCAACCCCCUCACCUGCCCCCGAUAUCUCUCAAGCUCAGACUUCAUCCCCGGAGGAAGACUCACUCCCUGGCACUGCAUCGCUCAUGAGCAGCCAAAGAGGACGAGGACGGCCCCGAAAAAUCAAACCCGAAGUGGAGCUUCACCUCCGCACGGCAAAGAUCCGGCGCCAGCGCCGAAGUAGCGUCAGGUCAACAGGAGAAGAUGGGCCGGUGUCUCCGGUCACCACGUUUACUCAAGAUCUUUCGCAGUCUGCUUUUCUGAAUUGGCUGAGUCAAUCAAGGCAUGCAGUACUCAACGACGCUAGCACAGCAGAACCCUUAGAGGACAGUCAACCAGAGGGGUCUGUGAAGGAUGAGGAAGAGAAUCGGGGCCAGUCGUUCAAACAACCAAGUGAUGACAACGCUCUGAGUGAGCCUCAGCUGCCAAGUACACCGCCCACACUUGAUGCUUCGCCUAUACAGUCGGACGUGCUCAUGACAUCCAUUGACGAAGCUCCUACUGGCCCAGAUGCCAUAGUGGCGCCAGAGGAAGCUCCCGUUCCAGUGCAAAUAUCUCCCAUUCCUGAUUGUACGCCGCCUCCACUGCCUACUCUCCUUCAUUCUGCUCAAAGUCCCCCUGUAGCACGGACUCCGACCACUCGUGCCAGGCCAGGCCGCAGGCGGAGGAGGGGCAGUAGAGGCAGUAGUCCUGCUCGGAGGGGGCCGCGUGGAGCCGCAGCCAAACGCAGAGGGCGCCCUCCCACUUCUGCUUUCCAAGAGCUUGAGCAGCAGUACUUUAUACAGUUGGUGGUUAAGCCCAUACCAGCAUCAAUGGUGCGUGGCUGGUGGUGGAUCAAGGAUCCAGAGGAGUUGUUUAGCACACUGCAAGCUCUCCAUCCACGGGGCAUCAGAGAAAAGGUGCUCCAUAAACACCUGGCCAAACACAUGGAGAGUUUAACGGAGAUGUGCAGCAAAGCCACUGGUGAUCCUAUGUUUGAGUUGAAAGUGGAGCAGAAGGAGGUCCUGCUAGAGGCUCUACAGCAACCUUGGCAAGUACAAGAAAAAGCCAUGGAGACUGACAAUAGCGCCCUCCGAUGGGUGGAGGACCUGGAGCAGCGAGUCAUUGCUGCUGACCUCCAUCUAAAGGCUCCUCCUCAGAAUGUAGUCAACGAUACUGAAUCCAGCACAGAGGCACCAGCUGUAGAAUUUCAGCCCUACACGAUCCCAGAGCGGGACUCCACCCGGGCUGACCUCCAAUACUAUGAACAUGACACCGACCCACGUGAUGACUGGAUCGUCCGAACCAAGAAGGAGUGGUCCGGCCUGCCUCGCAUCGCCACCCAUCCGCUCGACUUGGCUGUGCUACGCCUUGCCAAUCUUGAGCGUAAUAUCGAGAGGCGCUACCUGAAGGAGCCGCUCUGGAACCCAGCCGAGGUGAUGCGCCUCGCUCCUCUCACGCCGACGCCAGGAGAAGAGCAACCUAUGGACGUCAUCAGUCUAGAAAGUGAGAUCACCUCUCGGCUCAGAACAUGGCGGCAGGCCCUAGAUCGCUGCCGCAGUGCCCCUCAGCUGUGCCUGUGUUUGCUGCAGCUAGAGAAAGCUAUUGCCUGGGAGAGAUCUGUGACUAAAGUGACAUGCCAGAUCUGCAGGAAAGGUGACAACGAUGACUGUCUGCUGCUGUGUGACGGCUGCGAUCGGGGAUGUCACAUGUACUGCCUGAGGCCCAAGCUCACCCAGGUGCCCGAGGGAGACUGGUUUUGUCCAACUUGUGUUGCCAAGGAGGAAAGCGCAUCACCACAUUCCAAAAAGCGGACCAGGGUGAAAAAGAAGCGAUAUGAAGAAAACAGCUCGGAUGACGAUGCAACAACUCGGCGGAGCUCUGGCAUGGCAACACGGCACAAGGAGGCGGCGACUGCCGCCCUGGCGGCAGCGUCUUUAUCCCCGCGUCAUUCAGGAGAAGUCGGGGCGGCCAAACGGCGUCGCAUGACGACACGUAACCAGCCGGAUCUCACUUUCUGCGAGAUUAUCCUCAUGGAAAUGGAGGCUCACGCAGAUGCUUGGCCAUUCCUUGAGCCUGUUAACCCCCGCCUGGUGCCGGGGUACCGUCGCAUUGUUAAGAACCCCAUGGACUUCCUUACCAUGAGAGAGAGGCUGCUGCAGGGAGGGUACUGCAGCUGUGAGGAGUUUGCUGCAGAUGCUCAGCUGGUCUUCAGCAACUGUGAGCUUUUCAACGAAGACACCUCUGAGGUGGGGAUGGCGGGACACUCCAUGCGGCGCUUCUUUGAGAGCCGCUGGGCAGAGUUCUAUUCCAACAAGGAGAAAUAAGAACACUGCAACGUUCCCACCAGUGGUGGAACGAAUGACUGUUGGUGUUUUCAACCAACCCUGCAAGAGGCGUUACUACUAAGACGGUCAGGUUUCUCCAGCUAUGUGUAUUCCCAUCAUGUGUAGGCAUCUCUGUAAUAUUCCCCCUACCACUCACGUUUUUUCCCCUCUUCCCUGGGUUUGUCUUAAGCCCCUCAACUGAUCUGACUUGAAUAUCAUUCCCCAAAACCCUCACAUGUGUUCCUGUGUGUCCCCGAGCUCAGCACCCUUUCACAAGUCCCAAGGCUGGUCAAGGCUUUUUGUUCAGUCUCCCCUCUGGGGCAAGGACUUUCCACAUUGAUCUCUCAUUUUCAUUGCAUUUUCCCAACUGGGCCACUGCAUCCUGGACCUGCUUAGUAUCCCAUAAGGAAUAAAAAAACAAUCCUAGGCCAUUUUUGACCUGUUCAGAUGAAUUGUAAUGUGGUCUUAUGCCUAGAAGUUUUUUUGUUUUGUUUUUUUGGCUCAAUAUAUUUUUAUUAUAUAUUCUAUAUAUAAAUAUAUAUGAAGAUAGCUGGGAUUAUUUAAUAGCAAUAGCGUGUAGUGAAUGUGUACAGGUGACCUCAUAGAAUUGUCCAGAUGAUGUAUGAAAACGGCCAGUUCAACUAAAAGAAACCACGAGUACAAUUCGUGUAACUGGCACUUCGCCACACGCGCGUGCGCGCACACGUUCACACUGCUGCUGUGUGAAAGACACUGGAGGACUUUUUGAUGUCCGUCAGUCCAUGUGGAUUUCAUUGUUGAGUGACACAGCAGGCUGUAGACAGCAGAUUGUUUAGAACGGUGCUACUGGCACUAGUUUGUGCUCUGUUCAAGGAUCUGUUGUAGACACACCCACACUGAAUGCGUGCUCUUAAGACAGAGGACGUGUGUGAAAAAUGCGCUUGUAAAAGAACUUGAGUAUUUGUCUGAAAAGGUGUAAACAGUGAACUUGGGUUAUCUUGAUAUUGUACAGAAAAGCUCCGGAGCACUGGCUACAUUCCCGCCUGGUUACAUUCUUCAUUUCCAUCACUUUUUGUGCUGUUCAAGGGCCAGCGUUGGAUGGGGUACUGCUCGUUAUGUGACUGCGGCGGGACCACACUGCAGGCCAGCUUCUAUUUAAACUGGUUUCUUACACUGACCUCAGAUCAGCUUGUAGAAAAUACGCAUUAUUCCUAUUCUAAAAAGACAGAGAGAGGGGGGGGAAAAAAGACCGGAAAACCAAAUGUGUUGUUAUGUGACUUUUUAAUAAUGUACAGUUUUGGUGACAUGAAAUUUUGUUCCUUUAUAUUUUUAGGACCAAUUCAUUUUUAACGGGAUGUAUUACAAGACUCUGUUGUAUUAAGGUGAUGUAACAUGUGUGCAUCUGUAGAAUGUACUGUGAGUUGAAUUAAAAAAAAAACAC